AUGCCCUGGUGGAAGUCCAGUAUCAACGGCAGCAGCGCCUUCCUGGUGUCGCAUACCAGUUGGAGGAACAAAUGGCCUGGUGGACAACAGGUCAGACAACUUGAGUACCUCGUGGAACGGGAACUGAGCCUUGACGCCUCAUACCGGGCACUGUGGUGGUGCACUGUCCAGCCAGAGACGUGGAGGGCAGAGGGCAUCCAGCCGGAGGGGGAGAACUACACUAGCCCUGGCCUGUUGUGGAAGGCCUUAACAGAAGACGUCGACUUUGGCAGUCCAGCAGAGUCACGGUACUGGGCUAUCUUUCAUUACCGAGGUGAGAUGUUACAGGGCCCGAGAUCUAUUGGACUGGGAGAAGACAUCCGCCGUUUCGCUGCCAUGGAAUGA